AUGGCAGAUCCACCAACGCCGUUGCUGCUCGUUACCCUACCUCCCAAGGUAUUACAAAACAUAUUAAGGUUUUUGCCUCAGCAAUCGCUCAUAAACCUAGCAACCACAAAUUAUGAAUUUUAUCAUCCUUGUCUUGUUCAAUUGUAUUCCAAAAUAGUCAUUUCGCAAUAUGCACCAUUGCGAUUGAAAGAGACCAAAUCUGAUCAUCGGCGAGAAGUUGAUUUCCAGGAUAGUUCACGCCUGGUGAUUUAUGGGUUUGCAAAUAGUCUCAAACGAGAGUUGAAUAUGAAGAUGAUUCACGCGAGGAUAUUAGUGUUGAUCCAAGCUCUUCAAAUCAAUGUUGAGCUCGUGGGGUAUGUGAAGGAGGUGCAUAUUUUGGGUAAUGAUUUUACUGAUGAGGUGAUUACUGCGGUGCAGAGCCUAGCGAAUUUGUUCAAUCAAUUGGAUGUUUUCUAUAUUGACAAUGACGCAAUCAGAUCAAGAGUUAAGCUAUCUCAUUUGAAGUUGAAGACAGUAGUUGCCGAUAAUGCGAAUGAUAUUGGUGACGGCGUUGAGAGGUUACUUGUGGGCGGCAAUUGCAGUAUUGAUAGUUUGCACAGCUUUGCUCACAAGUUGAAGGAGUUGAUCUUACCAUUUGAGUGGGAGAUGUACUGGAGACAGGUCAAAGCCACCAUGCGUCCAUCUGGAAUGCAAUUUACAAACUUGGAAAAGUUUCGACUCGUUUUGCACCCCUCGGAUUUAAAUGAGAACAUCAAUUUAAUCAAUUCAAUUCAAUGGAACAAUAUCAAAUAUUUGGAGAUUGUAUGUCCCUUUCCACAAGUUGAUAGUGUCGAGGACUACAUCUUUGAUUGCUUUGACUCUGUGCCACUGCAAUUGCCCAAAUUACGCAAGCUUUCGAUAUUGCAAGGAUCCACAUUUCCAACCCACGACAUAAACGAAUCAUACGAUUUAAUUUUAUUCAAUUUCAUAAGCAACUAUAUUGAAACUCUACGUUACUUGGCAAUCAAACACAGCGUACCGAAGUUGGGCAAUUUUCCAGACGGAUUUGAAGGUAAUUACCAUCGACGUUAUGAGCUAUAUACGACAAUCUUGCCGAAACUUUUGUCAAAAUCUAGCAAGUCGACAUCGCAUUUUAUUCUUGACUUGCCAAACUUGUUUCACACCUUCACAUGUUACGAGCAGUACAUGAAUACGGUUAUUUGGAACGGAUGCAAAUGUCAAUACUGUGAAGUGUACUUGAACAAAGUGGAUCAUUUCCUAUUUCAACACAAGUACUACGAUGAGAAAAGUUAUCGGUAUAAGGACAUGAAUGCAUCGCACUUGCUCGCUGCCGUUGCUUCAAACUUGAACAGACGUUUUAUCCCAGCAUCUUCCUUGUUGACACAGAUGGACCAAUUGUCAUUCCCAAUCUGGAAGUGUACAUGGGAUUUCCACCUGAUUGAAAACUCGAAAAAAUUUAGAUGCCUCGACAAGCUUACAAUCGACCAAGGUGAGUACGACGAAGAGGAUAUACCUGACGAAGAAGGCGCCACGAUUUGCGAACUCAAUGAAAACUUGUUUGCCAAACUUCCAAGGGCAAUUGGCCAUUAUGUAAAUGACAUUAUACAAGAGAUUUUGAACUUACAUCGAGGAAACGCCGAGGCUCGAUUUGAUGAACAAGAGUUGCGGUUUUUGAAAGAUGGUGGUGACUACGAAGAUUUUGACAGCAAAAAUGAUUUGAAAAAGGUGUUGAUCAAUGGAUUCGUUUACAAUAUUGACAAUGAGUUGAAUGGGACGCACUUUUACGAAAAUGUGUACGACGAAUGA